CAGAAUUAACGGUCGAGCGCGGUGCUGUGAACUGAAACAUACUCCCAGUCCUCCUCCUGCUCAAUCUCGAGAUUUUCGACUCCCACUCGGCACUCACUGAGUCGUCGAGUCGCCAUGAUCACCUGCAAACCAUCCCAGCUCAACCUCGAAGCCCUCUCCAAACACCAGCUCGCCCGCCGCCCCAGAAGUAACGUUUCGUCUUCGCACCCCAACCACCCUGCUCUGCGCAGCCAAUGCGCCGUCGUUUCGUCUUCACGACGGAGUAGCAACUCUGCUGGAGUUUGCAGCGUGAGGAACAGCAGCGGCAGCAGAGGGAAGAAAGAAGGUGGUGUUAAUGGUGGUGGGUAUUGCGAGAGCAGAGAGAGGGAGGGAGUGGAAGGAGGAGGAGGAGGAGGAGGAGAGAGAAAGGUGCAUUGCGAGGUGGAGGUGAUAUCGUGGAGAGAGAGGAGGAUCAGGGGUGAGAUCUCGGUGAAGGCGGACGUUGAAUCGGUUUGGAACGCUCUUACCGACUAUGAGCGCCUCGCCGAUUUCGUCCCCAAUUUAGUCUGCAGUGGGAGAAUCCCCUGCCCGCAUCCUGGGCGGAUAUGGCUGGAGCAGAGAGGCCUGCAGAGGGCGUUAUAUUGGCAUAUUGAAGCUCGUGUUGUCUUGGACCUUCAGGAGUUUGCCAAUUCAGCUAAUGAGCGUGAACUUCACUUUUCCAUGGUUGAUGGAGACUUUAAGAAGUUUGAAGGAAAAUGGUCCCUAAAAUCAGGGCCUAGAUCCUCAACAACUUUGUCAUAUGAGGUAAAUGUGAUACCACGCUUCAACUUCCCAGCUAUUUUCUUAGAAAGGAUCAUCGGGUCAGAUCUCCCAGUAAAUCUUCAAGCCUUGGCAUUCAGAGCUGAAAGAAAUUUCGAGGGAAAUCAGGAGUUGUCUUCAGCGAUGAGUUAUAGAGACAGAGCAAUCAACGGUGCUGUUACUUCCAUUGGCCCUGACCUGGACAAUAAAGUGCAGCCUAAAGACAUCAGCAGUGCUAAUGCUAGUCAACUGCCUGCGUCAUCGACUGAGCUGACUAGUAAUUGGGGCGUGUUUGGCAAAGUUUGCAAGCUUGAUCGGCCUUGUGUGGUGGAUGAAGUUCAUCUCCGUAGACUCGAUGGCCUAUUGGAAAAUGGGGGCGUCCACCGAUGUGUCAUCGCUAGCAUAACAGUAAAAGCUCCUGUUCGCGAAGUCUGGAAUGUCUUGACUAGUUAUGAAAACCUUCCUGAGAUAGUUCCAAAUUUGGCCAUCAGCAAGAUUUUAUCCCGAGAAAACAACAAAGUUCGAAUUCUUCAGGAAGGAUGCAAAGGUCUGCUGUAUAUGGUGCUCCAUGCCCGUGUUGUUCUGGAUUUAUGUGAACGUCUGGAACGAGAAAUUAGUUUUGAGCAGGUCGAAGGGGACUUUGACGCCUUUCAGGGGAAAUGGAUCUUUGAGCAACUAGGAAAUCAACAUACGUUGCUGAAGUAUACUGUAGAGUCAAAAAUGCACAAGGAUUCGUUUCUUUCCGAAGCUAUUAUGGAAGAGGUUAUUUAUGAAGAUCUCCCUUCAAACCUAUGUGCAAUUCGGGAUUACAUUGAGAACAAAGGUGUAACAGCAGCUGACUCGGAAACAACUGGUGAAAGUAGGCUCUUCAGCGAGCAAACUGCUUCACCUAGUGUGGAUGAAAACACUUCUUUCAGAGCUACAGCUGAGGACUUCUCCAACUAUGAUGAUGACUUAUCAUCAGAAAGACCGAGAGUUCCGGGCCUGCAGAGAGACAUUGAAGUUCUGAAAGCAGAAAUUGUGAAAUUCAUUUCGGAGCAUGGGCAAGAAGGAUUUAUGCCUAUGAGGAAGCAACUUCGUUUGCAUGGUAGGAUCGAUAUCGAGAAAGCAAUCACACGCAUGGGUGGAUUCAGAAGAAUUGCAUCAUUGAUGAAUCUUUCCCUUGCUUAUAAACAUCGCAAACCGAAGGGAUACUGGGACAACCUUGAAAACUUGGAAGAAGAGGUACGUCGAUUCCAGAGAAGCUGGGGAAUGGAUCCCUCAUACAUGCCUCGUAGAAAAUCUUUUGAGCGCGCAGGGAGAUACGACAUAGCACGCGCUCUAGAAAAAUGGGGAGGCCUCCAUGAAGUAUCUCGUCUCUUGUCCCUGAAAGUUAGGCGCCCAAAUAGACAACAGGGACUUGCCAAGGACAAGAGAGCGGAUUCUGUAGCUGCUACUGAUGUAGAGGUUGGGGAUAGGACGAUAUCUAAACCCCACGUUUCGCAAGAUACUCAGAAGUGGCUUUCUCAACUUAAAUAUCUGGACAUUAACUGGGUUGAAUGACAAGUGAACCUUGCCCCCGCUUUUAGUUUAUCGAACCCGAAAACGGUUUUGGACAGCUCCAUUUGAUCUCCCAUUAUUUGACCUUCACCUUGUUUUCUUA